CCGCAGCUGUUAAUUCAUCAUUUUGCUUCCCUGGGCAGCCAGGACUCGUGUGCUCCACCACUGCGCUGCACCGAACAGCUUACUUUCCAUUCCCGUCGAGCGCUUCCCAUCUCUCCGGUCUCCAGCUGUCCCUCGCCUCUCCUCGCGCUGUUGGUCCUCCAUGUGUGUAGUGAGGGAUAUCAAAAUCCCGUGGAGUAUGGAUUUUGUGAGUGUUUUGAAGCUGUGGCAUGACAUAUUUCUACUUCGUUGGUGCUGACUACCAGAGGAGAGCCACUGGAUACUGCAAGACAACUCUAACGUCACCUGUAUCGGACGCCGAAUGGGUGCUUUCGGCGAGCUUUCUUGCAUGGGAGUCGACAAUUGUGUAUUAUUUUUUAACGAUAGCCUACAUACUUGGAUGAAGCACAUGAACUGCAGUUUAGAGUGCAAUUGUAUCGAAUGAGGAGCGGCUGCUGCUGCGGCCUGGGCGCGGUGAACGAGGACAACGCGCGGUUCCUGAUGUUGGCGCUCCUCAUAGUUCUCUACCUGCUUUGCGGUGCAGCGGUGUUUUCAGCGCUGGAGCACCCAAAGGAGCGACAGGCGAAGGAACGAUGGUCUCAGCGCUUCGAGAGCUUUACCCAGAGACACAACCUCAGCCGGGAGGACUUGGAGACAUUUCUUCGGUUCUAUGAAGAGGCGAACCUCGCCGGGAUCCGCGUGGACAUUCUCAGACCACGCUGGGAUUUCACCGGGGCAUUCUAUUUCGUUGGAACUGUGGUUUCAACCAUAGGAUUUGGGAUGACCACUCCGGCCACGGUAGGCGGCAAGAUAUUUCUUAUUUUCUACGGCCUGAUUGGUUGUGCCUCCACCAUCCUCUUCUUCAAUCUCUUCCUGGAGCGCAUCAUCACCGUGCUUGCCUUUGUCCUCAAAUCCUGUCAUGAGCUACGGCACCACCGCCAUGCUGUGGUACUACAUCCAGGCCAUCAGGGAGCGCCGCUGAGAGAUGAAAGAGACAGCCUGGCAGGAUGGAAACCGUCGGUCUACUAUGUGAUGCUGAUACUCUGCAUGGCAGCCAUCUUGAUUUCGUGCUGCGCUUCAGCCAUGUACUCUGCAAUAGAGGGUUGGGCCUAUCUGGACUCUCUGUACUUUUGCUUCGUCACAUUUAGCACCAUCGGGUUUGGGGACAUGGUGAGCAGCCAGCGGGCUGCAUAUGGGGAGAACCAGGCAGCUUACCGCUUUGCCAACUUCCUCUUCCUGCUGAUGGGGGUGUGCUGCAUUUACUCUCUCUUCAAUGUCAUCUCCAUCGUCAUCAAACAGACCCUGAACUGGCUGCUGAGGAGGAUGGACCUGGUGUGUAGGGGCUGCUGUCCCGCUGGCAAGAGAUUCCGACCACGUCGUAAUGCCGUUAUGCCGGCUGGUGCUGCCCAUCCGAGGGCCAGGCGUAACAUCUCCAUAGAAACCGAUGCCGUGAACGAGAGCGAGACAGAUGGAGGGAGGAGAAUGUCCGGAGAGAUGAUCUCGAUGAAGGACUUUCUUGCAGCAAACAAGGUGAACCUGGCACUAAUGCAGAAGCAGCUGUCAGAAGCAGCCAAUGGGAAUGCUCAACCGUCUGUCUCCACCAAUAGGGAAAAUUGCUUUUCUGGUGGGGUGGGGGCUCUGGGGAUCAUGAACAACCGUUUGGCUGAGACCAGCGUGGAUAGAUAGACUCUACCAUACAACCACAAGUUACUGACACAUCUGUCCAUAGACCAGGCUAUAGAAAGACACACCUGUUUAAGGGACUUGUUAGUUCUUAGUAGACGGAGUCUCUUGUGUGUUUCAGGUCUCCUUUCUAUUUCUUUCUUUGUAUCGCGUAAACUGUAAAUAUUAUUUGUAAACAAAAAUAAUCAUAAACUACUUGUAGAUAUUAUGGGAAACAGCAAAUUAUAUGAAACAAUUAAGAGUAAAGAGACCUGAGUUCAUUUGAAUUGGAAUGGACUCUUAUCUGGAGGGUAAUACAUAAGUGCAGAUGGGGACGUUAAACCCGAGACUGCACACACCCGCACACAAAUCUGCUCACUCAACACACACACACACACGUUUACAAACAGAGAAAACACAAAAAAAUAUGUCUUAACAUAUAAACAAAGAUCCAUGAGGUUGGCAUUCAGUCAUGGGUAGCAAUAGAAGCUGAAUACAUUUAUAUUCAAGUCACUUUUGUCUCAGAUGUGAUCCUCUUAAGAAUCACUAUUCAAGAGAUGGGCUUGUUUGAAGGUGGAACUGUCUAUACCUGUUGUUAUGAAUUGCUAAUCUUCUGCUUCAAAUUAGCCAGGUGUGCUGAGUCUGUGUGCACAAGUGUAUUUUUUUAUGUGUGUGAGCGUGUUGUUAAGGGCCUGGUAGAAGAGGGGGAAGAUGUGAGUGUGUGUGUGUUGGGGGGGGGGGGGGGGGGGUGGCAGGAGGAGUCACCACAGUCCUGAAUAAUGGAUUAGAGAACAUAAAUCAUUUUUUUUCUCUUAUAUUCUCUCUCCUCUCCUCCCAUCUCCCACCCCUUGCCUCAUUCCAUCUCUUCUGGGCCUGAAGAGGAUGUUAGAAUGUGUACCUGUGAGGAUUUGUAUGUGAAAUCAGGAGAUACCACUGAUAGCACAGGUAGGAAAAGUGAAUGACAAGUGAACGGAGCCCUUAUAUUCCAGUCUUCCCAUCUCUGUUCCCAUUGCUCCUGACGUCCUGAGGCUGUCCUACUUAACAACAUGAUGAAAGAGAUCAACUUGUACUGUGCCAGAUUAUCUGAAUGAGAGCAAUAUUGUAAAGUGAUUUUACAACUGUCUGAGUCUUCUCAGAAAAUAAAGGAAUAUAUUU